GUUAUGUAUAUUUUUACAAUAUUAAUUUUUAAAGUAAACACUCAAUAAAAAGCUGUUUUAUUUCAAGAAAAUCAUUUGUUACUUGUUUACCAAACUUGUACCACCUUUGUUAAGAAGCUUGUUAUACAUUGUUAUUUUGUUAUUGUUUAUGUUAUGCCUGAGUUUGUGAGCUCUCGAUUCUCCAGCCAGAAGGCUCCAAAGUAUAAAAACUUGUCUGACUACGGACACGACAAAGGGCAGAACCGCUACGAAAAGAAGAAGUACAAGGAGAACAAGUUGGCCAUAACGACGCAGAAGAAGGAAAAGCAGAUACAGGAAGAAGAGUAUCUAAUGAAGAAGUCUAUAAUUUACAUCGUGAGGAGAAUCCCGGAUGAAGAGGCGCUUAAAAACCAGCUGUUUUACGUGUGCCACAUUAACUACUUCGCUCAGGUCAGCGAGGACAACUUCCUUCCAGCCGAGAUUGCUAUAGCCGAGUUCAAUUUGGGCGAAGGUCUCUGCGCGACGCUACAGUUUUUCGUCAACCCUGGUGAAAUCCCGCUCGGGAUGAAGUACGAAGUACUCGACUGGGCUUAUAAGAGUCACGGGAUACCUGUGAACGUGGUCGAAUCGGCGGAAGACGACUACCCGACGAUACUCAGAGAACUCAAGAGGUUCCUGAGGAGGAAGAAUCCGAAGAGGACUCCGCCUAUUUACUCAAUGCCUGACGACGCUAAUUGCAACCACUGCAUCAGUGCAGUUCGUGGUACGCUGUCGCGGUUCGCCAAAGCGUCCAACGAAGACUGCAACAUCAGGGUGUUCCCGCUGCCCAUGCUAUUCUACGAGCUCAAGUCGAAAUGCAUGGAGUUGUCAGGGAAAACAGACCCGAGGGUUACGCCCCAGUACGCCAACAACGAGCUCGUCAAGGACGUCUACUCGCACUGUAGAAAAAUAGGAUGCGACUUCCACGAGGAGAAAGACCUGUCGCAGCACUGUUCGCUCUCGACAGUCAAAAGAUGGGUUUUCACCAUCUCCAUGUCCUGCGCUCCUGAUAUCGGGGUCGUUCCCAACCACAGGAGACACUGCCCCGAUAAAUCCGAAAACUUUUAAAAUAUCGAAUAAGAAUAAAAGGAAGUCGUCAAAACUAUAAAUGAAUAGAGUUUGUCUAAAUCGGCCCUGUUUAAUCUACCCAGCACAGUUUUCUUUAUGUAAACUACUGCAAUUUCUUGAUCCAAUGGCCUUCGCCCCCUUCGAUUAUUACGAUUCCGCAAUUUCAAACAUAUUGCGCGUCAGAAAAAAAAAAUCAGCAAAAACCUAUACAGGGUGUCUGGCUAUUCGUGUUACAAACUGUCCCAGUAUAU